AUGUUCCUGCAACACCACAUGGUAUUCAUGAAGCAAGGCGCAACAAACGCCGACCUCUGGACCAUGUCUCAGAAGGAGAACGAGCCCCUUCGAGAUUUUAUGGAAAAAUUCAAAAAAGUUGUCAGCACAAUCGCAAUAGCCGACGACGCGGCCAUCGCGGCUCUCCGAAACGCAUUGCUUUUCGGCUCAAAGUUUCGCGAAGAUCUCAUAAUCUUACAGCCCGCGACGCUCGACGACGCCAUACGAAAAGCAAGUCGAUACAUCGAAGUCGAAGAAGAAAAGGCGGCACGGGCGGAGCGACUCCCGAAGCCAUCAAACCCAAAGUCUAAAGCAUCGGAGACCAAAGCACCAGAAGAAUAUGUUGAACCGCGCCAACACUACGAUCGAGAGUACGCCCGAAACGAUAAAACGCGUAAGCCUACCACUUUUGCCGUCAACGGCCAAGAGCAAAAAGUAAACGGCAACAAGCCGUGGAACAAGUGGUACCGCGACUCCGGCACAACCUCAAAACGAGGAUAUUGCGAGUUUCAUAAGUUCGCUGGACACACUACGGAGGAAUGCCGACAACUUCAAGCGCUACUACUCGAAAAGUUCAAAAACGGAGAUUUCGAUAUCGAAAGGGAGCGGCGCCAAGCACUCUCGCACAGGGACAACUCUUAUGUUGGAUACGAUUCACAACAGCACCAGCGCGACGGCAAACAGAUUGAGGAGGAGCCCCGCGCUCUCCGAGAAGAAGCCCGACCGCCGCCUCCCCCUAAGCGAAAGCAAGAUCUUCCCCCAAUCGACGAUGCGUACGCAGGCCGACAGCGCGUAGAUAUGAUAAUGGGUGGUCUAACGACAUGCAACGAUUCGGUUCGCUCGAUACGGGCAUACCACCGACAAGGUGAAAAUAGCCGCAGCUGGCUCACGAGGAGUAGCCCGGACGUCGAAAACUACGAACCAAUCACCUUUACUGAAGCGGACGCCCUGCAAACAGGACCUAACAACGACCCGCUGGUCGUCGAAUUGGCAAUCGGGGAAAGCGUGGUUACAAAGAUCCUAAUCGACACGGCAAUCUGUCAACGUAAUCUUCAAAGACGUAUUGAUCCGGAUGGGAGUCGAUCUGCGCCUUGCCGAGCAUAA